AUGUCGAUCAAGGACAAACUUGAGAAGUAUGUUAUCAAAACUUGUGCAGCUCAGAAUGUGUCCUAUACCAAUGAAGAGCUCCAAGCAGCUUACAGAAAUGCCACACAUUAUUUGGUUGAUAUGACAGAGGUUGAGAAUUAUAACGUGUCUGAAGAUUACUUCUAUUCUCCAAUUUAUCAUGAUCCCAAAUACGUUAAACGAAGUUUUGAGUCGUAUAAAGUGCUAUAUGAUAAUAAUUAUUAUUCUUGGUUAUACGGUAUAGGGUCUGUUGCUUAUUGGGCUGGUGUCUUAGCCCUUUGCUCUAUAUUUCACUGGUCAAAAGUAUUGUUUCCAAACUUUGUCGCAAGAUGUACUGGUCCAAUCAGUCGUGCGUGGAGAGCUACUGUCGUUAUUCCUGCUGCUUUAGACAGGAACCAUCUUGGUUCCAAAUAUCUUUUUGGAAAGUUUGACAUAGGUCUCGUACCAACUAGAUUUGAGUCAUUGGUGAUUUUGGGCUUUUAUGCAAUAGAAUUGGCUAUCAAUGUUGCACAUAUCUAUCCCAUUUCUGGGGGCAACACAAUCCGUACUACCAGAGCAUUGGAGAUCUAUGACUUGAUUGGGAUUAGAAGUGGUGUUUUGGCAGUUUGGAUUUUUCCUUUGGUGAUGUUGUUUGCAGGAAGAAAUAACUUUUUGAUUUCGAUAACCGGUAUAAACCAAGCUUCAUUUAGUGCCUAUCAUCGAUGGAUUGCUCGCGCUUUCACAAUUUUGGCGUUUAUUCACAGUUGGGCAUUUAUGGGGAUGGAAAUAAUUUAUCAUGAUGUGAAGCUAGCAGGCUAUGCUUUCAUUGCUCUUGUUCAUUUUAUCUUUGGUAUUUUUUGUCUCACUGGGUUGUGGCUUCAUUGCUGGAAACUUCGAUCAUACCACGAAUGGGAAUUUUGCGCAGCUGCGAUUUGGUGUUUUGACAGAUUUGUUAGAAUUGUUCGUUGUUUGGCAUUUGGUGUUCCCAAAGGCAAUUGCCGAAUUAUUGGAGAAGAUACUAUCAAGGUUAUUUUGCCAAAACCCAAAUACUGGAAGGCUUUUCCAGGUGCAUUCUGUUAUAUUUAUUUCUUUCGACCAGCAAGAUGGUGGGAGUCACAUCCAUUUACCAUUGUUGAAUCUGACGGUGAUGAACAAAACAUCAUUUUCUAUAUCAAAGUCAAGGAAGGCAUCACUCUAUACAUCUAUAACUAUUUGAUGAAACAACCAGACCAUUCGGCUAAUAUAAGAGUGACAGUGGAAGGCCCAUACGGUCGUCAGCAGCCAACCAGGAAGUAUUCCAAGGUUCUUUUAAUUGCAGGUGGCAAUGGUAUUCCAGGUCCAUAUACCCACGCUUUAGAUCUCGUUUCACACACCCUCAAUAAACAAAUCAGACUCUACUGGACAAUUAGAGAAUGGAAGAAUCUUGAAUGGUUUUAUGACGAGCUAGCAAAACUAGGUCAUUAUAAAGACAAAUGUGAAGUUUACAUAUAUUGUACCAGAGGUGGAGAUAUGCCAAACUUUGGCUCCAGUGGAUGUUCUUCAGAAGCUGGGUCAAUUUCCAAAACCAGCAAAGAGAAGACCAUAAUGCCUAUGAAUACUCAGCAAAAGAUAUCCAACGUUGAAGCUCUUUCAUACAUCCGUUUUGAAAACGGCAGACCAGACUUGAAGCACAUACUUGGUGAAGAAAUAGAAACAGCUGCGGGAUCAAUCGCUGUUAUGAGUUGUGGGCAUCCAAAAAUGUGUGAUGAAUUGCGUUCCAACGUUGCCCGAAUGACCUUGAAAAGUGAUAAAAGAAUCGAUUACUUUGAGGAGAACCAACUUUGGUAG